CAUUUGUACGUUUGAUGGCCAGCCGAAGAAGUGGUUUGUUUGGUCAGGUUUUUCAGGUGUUGGUUUUUUCGACUUCCAGUGGACACGUGCGGGAUUUUGAAGUUAGUGACUAGAAGAGAAUCCAAGUGUACUUCUUCAGGGAGAUAGAAAAGGAUGAGUUCGAGAUUUUAGUGUGAACUGAGUGAUUCGCUAUGGAAAUGUACAUAAAGAUAUGUACAGUUCUUCUUCUCUGUACAUCCCUAACGGAAGAAAAAUCAACUAGAGUAAAAAGGGAUCGACACGCUCCCCCUUUGAACGUACCAACGUUUAGAAGAGACUCCGUGGAACACGUGCCCGAAGCAGACAGGGACAGAAGUUCCCCUUAUCUCAAAUAUGAAGAAUUUGGAACCAAAAGCCUACCGUUGAGAACAGCCGUUGAGAGUGUUCCAGAUUUGUCCAUGAACUCCAGAAGACUGCCUCUUCGAGACGCUGUGGAGAAGAGGCCUCCUCCAGAUGAACCUUUGGACCCAGAAGAAGUUUUCUCCCCAACUCAACAGCAAACUAUCAUCCCCUCUGGACAGCUAGAUUUCUCUUCCCAGAAUGACUUUCAUUCUCAGCCAUCCGUUCCACAAUUCCCUUACAAUCAGUACUUUCCCAAUCAAGUUGCCUUCACCCCUUUCCAGACGUUUCCACAAACCUAUUUCCAGAAGCAACAGUCUUUGUAUUCGCCGUUUCGACAUUUUCAGAACGUCAUAACAGAUUAUAGAAGUUCCCGUCCCUACAGGGUGGAUGACAGUUAUCAACAGCUAUUGCCGCGACCUUAUGGAGCUUUGGCGGGUAGGAAUCUGCGACUUGACGAUUCUUUUUUUGGAGGAGGUCAAAAGAGGAGAAAGAAGAGCGCUGAAGAAGACGCUAAGAAGGUAGUAUGCUACGUGCAAGGUAUGGCAGCUUACAGAAAGGACCCUUUGACUUUCAAUGCAGACGAUAUAGAUCCCUUUAUCUGCACUCACGUUAUUUAUUCCUACGCCACCAUUGAUCCCAUCACUUUCGAAAUGGUUUCCAACGAUGAAGCUUACGAUAUUGUGCAAGGAGGAUAUCGAGCACUAACAACCCUGAAGCAGAAGAACGCCGACCUCAAGGUUCUCAUUUCCCUCGGAGGUAGCAGAGGAGGCGGCUCCCACCGCUUCAGCACCAUGGUGUCAAAUGCCCGAAAGAGGAGAAACUUCAUCCAGUCAGCCAUCAUCUUCUUGGAGCAGUAUGGCUUUGACGGUAUGGAGCUCAACUGGCAAUACCCUGGAGCGGAAGAAUUGGGUGGCCAAGUGAGCGAUAAAGAGUUCUUCACAGCGUUCAUAGAAGAGGUUUCCGAGGUGUUCAAGCAGAAAGGGUGGUUGCUGGCUCUUUCCGCGCCCGCUUCGAGGUUCAGAAUCGAAGACGGUUUCGAACCGUCCAAGGUGGGGGAAUUUGUUGACUUCGUAAGUGUGCAAGCCUACGAUUUUCAUACAGAUAGAGAACCCGUCGCAGACCACCAUACCAAUCUGUAUGCCAGACCGGAAGACACUGGACUCAAUAUAUUUUUGAGCGUGGACUAUUCCGUACAAUACUGGCUGAGGAAGGGACUACCAAGGACGAAACUGGUGCUGGGCAUCCCCUUCUUCGGAAGAUCUUUCACCCUCCAGUAUUCCAAUGAAACGGACAUCGGCGCCGGUAUCAAAGGCCCUGGUCGCGAAGGUUUUUACACCCAAUCACCAGGACUGUUGGCCUAUUUCGAAAUCUGCGACAUGAUCCUGAACGAAGGAUGGUUCAGAAGCCAGGAUUCUUCAGGAUCCCCCAUCAUCAUCAACGGGGAUCAGUGGGUGGGAUACGAUGAUGCUGAGAGUAUCAAAAGAAAGGUUGACUACGCCAAAGUAAACGGACUUGGUGGUAUAUCUGUCGCAGCCGCUGAUAUGGAUGACUUUAGAGGCCUUUGUGGGGAAAAAUGGCCAUUGCUGACAGUGGUUAACAGAGAACUCAAAGGUGUCAAUCCAAUCAAUGAGGAACAGACACAUCCAACCAAACCCAUCGGAGUUUGCGACUCUACAGGCUACUACAGCGACUCAAAAAACUGCGCAGCUUACUACAUUUGUAAAAACGGUCUGACUUACCAUCUCUCCUGCGGGAACAGUCUCAUGUUCAACCCGUUGAAUGGGAAAUGCGAUCAAGUUAAUCCGCAAAACUGCCGACCUGGAGAAACAGUCCACAUCCCCAGCACAUUGAAGGAUGUGAAUUUCCUGAUGAAGAAGGAGGCCAUCAAAGACAACAAGCCCAAAGUUGUUUGUUACGUCACCAACUGGGCUUUCUAUAGAAAAGGAGAAGGAAAAUUCGUACCGGAGCGUAUAGAUCAGCGCCUUUGCACUCACGUGGUUUAUGCUUUUGCUAGUUUAGAUCCAGAGAAACUGCUGAUAAAAGAAUUUGAUCCCUGGGCAGACCUAGACAACAAUCUAUACGAUAGGAUUACGUCUCUGAAAGAUACGACUGUGCUUCUUUCUCUGGGCGGUUGGACCGACUCAUCUGGCAACAAGUAUUCCAGACUCGUUAGCGACGGAACUGCCAGACGACGUUUCGUCGUUGGAGCAGUCAGUUUCCUACGCAAACAUGGCUUCAGAGGUCUUCACUUCGAUUGGAACUACCCCACCUGCUGGCAGAGUGACUGUAAAAGAGGACCUUCCUCGGAUAAACCUAAUUUUUCGAAACUCUUGCAGGAACUGAAAAAAGAAUUCGACAAGGAAAAUCCCCCGCUAGUCUUAGCAGCUGCUAUCUCAGGCUACAAAGAAGUUAUCGACGUAGCCUAUGACCUUCCCGCUCUUGGCCAGAGUCUGGACUUUAUGUCUGUUAUGACCUACGACUACCAUGGAGCCUGGGAACGCCAAACGGGACAUGUCAGUCCUCUGUAUAGUAGCCCCGAAGAUAAGUACCCCCAGUACAAUGCGAACUUCACCAUGGAGUACUUGGUCUCUUCAGGAGCCCCACGCGAAAAACUUCUACUGGGUAUUCCCUUCUACGGACAAAGCUUCUCGCUGUCGAAAAAGAGCACUUUCAGUGUUGGAACUUCUGCUACAGGACCUGGAGAGGCAGGGGAGUACACCAAACAGCCAGGAAUGUUGGCUUAUUUCGAAAUCUGCAACAGAGUGAAGAAUCAGAAAUGGAUCGUCAACAAGAACAGUCCAGCGGCUGGUCCUUUUGCCUAUGGAAGCGACCAAUGGGUUGGAUACGAGGAUGUGGACUCUGUUAAAAAGAAGGCUUCGUACAUCAAAUCCAAAGGCUUCGGAGGUGCUGUGGCGUGGACCAUCGACUUGGACGACUUCACCAACCGCUGUUGCGGUGGAGUUUUCCCCCUCCUCAGUACUAUUGCACGUGAAUUCGGUCUCAUCUCCGAUAAACAAGUUCAAGGAGACUGCACGAAGCCGGAACAACCUGUUACUCCUCCUCCACUUCAGGCUACCACAGGCUCCGACUCAGGCGCAGCAGUGACCUGGUGGACGAAUCCAACGACAACCAGCACCAAGGCUCCUACCUCUACUGUUUGGUGGGUACCGGAGAGCACGACUACCAAGCCAACGAAGAAGCCUACCACUACCAAUUGGUGGACUGAGACUUCUUCUGUGAAACCUCCGACGAAACCUUCUACUCCUUCGACAACCAAUUGGUGGACGGAUACCUCUUCUUCCAAGCCUUCUACGAAACCUCCUACAAAGCCCAGUUCCAGCACAGUUAACUGGUGGACGUCUACUGUGAAGUCCACGACUAAGCCUAGUCCUACCACCAUCAGUUGGUGGACAGAAACGUCUUCUUCAAAGCCAUCUACGACACCGUCUAAGAAGCCUAUCACCACCACUCCUUGGUGGGCUACUACCAAAUCAACAACAAGAAAGCCAACUUCUACACCUUCCUCAGUAACAGAGAAGCCAACUACCAUUCCCACUCCAGCAGUUAUAAUGCCAGAAGUCGACGUCCCCACGAAAAAGUGCACUCCAGGGGAGUAUUUACCAGACCCAGCGAACUGUAACGCUUUCUAUCGAUGCGUUUCAGGCGAGCUGCAAAAGCAGUACUGCGCAGGUGGAUUACAUUGGAACAAGAACAGAAGGGUUUGCGAUUGGCCGACAGAAGCAAAGUGCAAACCUGUGAAACCUGCCCAACAGAUGCGUCCCAUGAAAAUGCCUCUUCCCCAACCAUCUACAUGGCAAACCACCACGAUGAGGUACACCAACACCUGGCCAACUCGUCCGACCAGGACAACGACAAGAAGAACCACCACUGUAACGACACGCACAACCACUGUCUCUAGCUCCGGGUACGUUUCUCAACCUUUGGAGCAGGAAUGUACUACGGGAGCGUAUUACCCACAUGGUGAAUGCAGCUCUUUCUACGUAUGCUUUGACGGUCAACUGAUAGUUCAGAAAUGCGCACCUGGGCUCAGUUUCAAUGCGCAGACAAGAAUAUGCGAUUGGAGCUUCAAAGUGAUGUGCACCGGAAGAAGGAAGAUGGCUGAGAGGUUUACUGCUAUCCACAAUAGAUAUAUUGGAGACCGUCCACAGCCCUACUCAUCGUGCGAAGGAAACACGUUUGCACCAUUGCCAGGAGAUUGUGGACAGUAUAUGCACUGCCAAUGGGGCAAAUACGAGAUAAGGCAAUGUGCGCCUGGGUUACACUGGAACAAUGAGAAGAAAAUCUGCGACUGGCCCAAAGCAGCUAGAUGUUCUGAAGAAACAGAGACGGACAACAGCAUAGUUGAGAUCGAAGUCAAGCCAGAGCCUCCCAGCGGGCCGGUGUCCGCUCCCUGGGAACCCCCUACUACGUCGUACCCUGAAUGGAAACCCCCGAGCACCACCGAAUCUUCGGGAAAUAACUGGGAAUGGCACCCGCCAAUUCCGCCUACGUCUGAGAAGCCACCGCUCUCAGAACCUCUGAAGCCCUUCUCGGGAUACUUCAAGGUUGUCUGCUACUUCACCAACUGGGCUUGGUAUAGAAAAGGUGCUGGAAAGUAUUUACCAGAGGAUAUUGAUGAGAACUUGUGUACUCACGUCGUUUAUGGGUUCGCCGUUUUGGACUACUCGAACUACAUCAUCAAGGCGCAUGACUCUUGGGCGGAUUUUGAUAACCAAUUCUACAAACGAGUCACCGACUUCAAGUCCAAAGGAAUCAAAGUAUCGAUAGCUAUAGGCGGUUGGAACGACUCCCUCGGAGAUAAAUACUCCAAGCUUGUCAACAACCCUGCUGCACGGCGAAGAUUCAUCGAACACGUCCUCAAAUUCUUGGAUAAAUACAACUUUGACGGGCUGGACUUGGACUGGGAAUACCCCAAGUGUUGGCAGGUUGACUGCAACAAAGGGCCCGAUUCCGAUAAGCAAGCUUUCUCAGAUUUCGUCACUGAACUCAAAGAAGCGUUCAGACCAAGGGGAUAUCUGUUGUCUUCCGCGGUUUCUCCAAGCAAGACGGUUAUUGAUGCUGGAUAUGACGUUCCGGUUCUCGCCAAGAAUCUCGACUGGAUUGCUGUCAUGACGUACGACUUCCACGGUCAGUGGGAUAAGAAAACUGGCCAUGUUGCUCCUCUAUACUACCAUCCUCAGGAUGAAGUGACGUUUUUCAAUGCGAACUUUUCCAUCAACUACUGGAUAUCGCAAGGCACCCCUAGACGCAAAAUCGUAAUGGGCAUGCCCCUCUACGGUCAGUCCUUCCGGCUGGAAAAGGAAUCGGAGAACGGCCUCUACGCCAAUGCUCCAGGUCCUGGUGAAGCUGGUGAAUACACCCGAGCAGCGGGUUUCCUCUCCUACUACGAAAUCUGCGACAACAUCAAAAACAAAGGGUGGACGGUCGUACAAGAUCCGCUGGGAGCUAUAGGUCCUUACGCGUACAAAGGAAACCAAUGGGUGUCUUUCGACGACAAGGAGAUGAUCCGGAAGAAGUCAGAGUACAUCAGGAAGAUGGACAUCGGUGGUGGAAUGAUCUGGGCGUUGGAUUUGGACGAUUUCAAAAACAGAUGCGGGGAAGGUAGACACCCCUUGCUUACGAUCAUCAGGAACGUCCUUGCGGACCCGGGAAGCGGUCAACAGGAGCCCAUAGAAGAGCCCACCAAGCCUGUGGAACCGGCUGAGCCUUUGCGUCCCGAAAUUGAAGAACCUGAGCCGGUACUAGAAGGAGAACCAACCGGUAUGGUGGACCGCAGCUCAGAGUUCAAGGUUGUUUGCUACUUCACCAACUGGGCUUGGUAUAGACAAGGCGUCGGGAAGUAUGUGCCAUCGGAUAUUGACCCUGAUCUGUGCACGCAUAUUGUAUACGGCUUCGCUGUUCUGAAUGGGGAUCAACUCGUCAUCAAGCCACAUGACACCUGGGCUGAUUUUGAUAACAAGUUUUACGAGAAGGUAACAGCGCUCAGAGCUAAAGGAAUCAAAGUGUUAAUCGCAAUUGGUGGUUGGAACGACUCCGCUGGAGAUAAAUAUUCGAAACUGGUCAACAGUCCUUCUGCUAGAAGGAGGUUCAUAGCCCACGUUGUCGAUUUCAUAACAGAACACAAUUUCGAUGGUUUGGAUUUGGAUUGGGAGUAUCCCAAGUGUUGGCAGGUCGACUGCGGCAGGGGUCCCGCCUCAGACAAACCAGCCUUCGCAGAGUUUGUGAAGGAACUACAUGCAGCAUUCCAACCUAAAGGCUGGCUACUCUCGUCGGCGGUUUCUCCAAGCAGGCGAGUCAUAGACGCUGGCUACGACGUUCCAGUUCUAUCCAAAUACCUGGACUGGAUAGCUGUGAUGUGUUACGACUACCAUGGACAAUGGGACAAAAUUACGGGACACGUAGCGCCCAUGUACGAACACCCAGAGGAUAUUGACGAUACCUUCAACACGAACUUCACGAUUCAUUACUGGAUAGAAAAAGGCGCUGAUAGACGAAAGCUUGUCAUGGGUAUGCCGAUGUACGGACAGUCUUUCUCAUUGGCUGACAACGACAAGAACGGUUUGAAUGUUGCCACAUAUGGAGGAGGUGAAGCUGGGGAAGAAACAAGAGCUAGAGGAUUCUUGGCCUACUACGAGAUUUGUAGAAACGUCAUCGAGAAAGGGUGGAAACUGGUAAGAGACCGUAAGGGCCGGAUAGGGCCCUACGCCUACUUGAGAGACCAGUGGGUGUCCUUCGAUGAUAUAGGCAUGAUCAGGCACAAAUCCGAGUAUAUCAAAGCCAUGGGUCUUGGAGGAGGGAUGAUUUGGGCUCUCGAUCUGGAUGAUUUCAAAAAUAUCUGCGGUUGCGAAGAAUACCCGCUGCUCAGAACUAUAAACAGGGUGCUCAGGGGGUAUGCUGUACCAGAACCAAAGUGCAUUUUAGGUAAACCCCAAAGCGCGAAACCACCAACAAAACCAGUCCUAGAGUCAUCCCCAUCAACCCUUUCCCCCAUCCCACCCACUCAUCCUCCAACCGUAACUGAACCGUCACACAACCCCCCCGAGAAGAAACCUUGUGAAGGUCGCCUCUUCGUGCCGCACGAAACCGACUGCAACCAGUACUACCUCUGCAACCAAGGCGAGCUCCAGGUGCAAUCUUGCGGCAGCGGACUCUUCUGGAACGUGGACCACUGCGAUUGGCCAGAAAAUGCCCAAUGCCAUCCGGACGGUAGUACUCUUGCUCCUGUGGAUGUCGCCGCAGAAAGUACCGAGGCACAAGAACGACCUGAGACUGCCACUGAGAGUGGGUACCUUCCUCCAGUGGAGACGGGGGUCACGCCUUCGUAUCCUGGGACUGCCAGCCAAGAAGAGGACGAGUACAAGGUGGUUUGUUACUUCACCAACUGGGCUUGGUACAGGCAAGGCGAUGGAAAAUACCUUCCCUCAGAUAUUGAUCCAGAACUCUGCACGCAUAUCAACUACGGAUUUGCAGUUUUGGAUGGUACAACAUUAACAAUAAAACCGCAUGAUUCUUGGGCAGAUAUUGAUAAUGAGUUCUACAGAAAGGUUGUUGAGUUGAAAUCCAAAGGAAUCAAAGUACUGAUCGCUAUAGGCGGAUGGAACGACUCACUGGGAGACAAAUAUUCCAGACUCGUCAAUGAUCCUCAAGCUAGAGCCAGGUUUGUGAAACACGUCGUGGAAUUCAUAGAAAAAUGGGGAUUUGAUGGUCUAGACUUGGAUUGGGAAUAUCCAAAAUGUUGGCAAGUCGACUGCAACAGAGGUCCCGAUUCGGACAAGCAAGGUUUUGCAGAUCUAGUACGGGAACUAAGCGAAGCAUUCCGGCCUAGACGUCUAUUGUUAUCUUCAGCUGUUUCUCCGAGCAAAGCCGUCAUUGAUGCUGGAUACGACGUUCCGGUGCUCAGUGGCUACUUUGAUUGGAUAGCAAUCAUGACGUACGACUUCCACGGCCACUGGGACAAGCAGACUGGCCACGUAGCACCUUUGUACUACUACCCGGAGGACACUUAUGAUUACUUCAACGCUAAUUUCUCUAUACACUAUUGGAUAGAGAAAGGGGCUCCCCCUUCGAAACUGGUGAUGGGCAUGCCACUGUAUGGUCAGUCGUUCAGCCUAGCGGAUGGAGGCAAAAGAGGGCUCAACGAAAAGUCUUAUGGUCCCGGAGAAGCAGGAGAGUUUACAAGGGCUGGAGGAUUCCUAGCUUUCUAUGAAAUUUGCGAAAGAGUGAGACGUAGAGGAUGGACAGUUACUAGAGAUCCAGAAGGUAGAAUUGGACCUUACGCCGUUCAUGGAAAUCAGUGGGUUUCUUAUGAUGACAUUUCAGAAAUCAGGAGAAAGUCGAAACUCGUGAAAGAUUGGGGCCUAGGCGGGGGUAUGGUAUGGGCCCUGGACUUGGAUGAUUUCAGAAACCGCUGCGGCUGUGGUCGUCAUCCCUUACUGAAAACUAUGAACGCGGAACUUCGGGGUGUUCAAUCUGAUAUAUCACUGCAGAAUUGUACUUAAAAAAUAAGGAUACUGAGAGUUGUGAUUAUUUCAUGUAGAAGACGCGCAUAUUGUGAUGUCAUACUGAUAUUAUUUCAUAAGUGUAUAUUUUUUCUUCUUUGGGGCGUUCAUGGUACGUUCCAAAGGAUACAAAAAUAUUGUGAAACCUAUCUGGUUGCUGAAUAAAGUUAGGAAAAUGUGA